GGGAAAAGAAAGGACAUGCAUGCCCGGCGCCCGCUCCCUGUCUGCCCCUGGCGAUUUGUUCCCUUCUUUGGCCAUACGGAGUGCUGUCUCUACAAAACACUGCAGUCGUUUUGAGACCGCGGCCACCUCGCUUCACUCCUUCGAGCAUCCUCUCUGCAUCUUGUCGCGCCCAGUCUUUCGUCCAUUCUGCAACUCGUCGCUCGUUCUGCCUCAUUACAAUCUCGAAAUCCCAUCGCAAUCCUCCAGCAGAAUUAUUCCGAAACACUUCCAGCACAAGCCUUGGAGAUCGGCCACCUGUCCAACGGCCUCGAGAUCAUUGCCCUACAACCUGCAUCGUUCGGAUGCGGUAACUACUCGUAGUCGGCGCCCUCAGCCUUCCUCCGAUCGAGAAAAUCUACAUCUUGUCCAGCGCGACAUAAGGAGCGGAAACAUCCCACCCCUGCCAUAAUCGCGAUCGGCGCCAACCGCCGCAAUCAUGAGCGACGCGCCCAUUUUCAACAUGUUGGAAGAUAAAUACAUUGGCCUCGGUCUGGCCAUCACUUCGACGCUGGCAAUUGGCACGAGCUUUGUCAUCACGAAGAAAGGACUGAACGAUGCGGCACAAAGACACGGAUUCGAAGGAGAUGGUUUCGCAUAUUUAAAGACACCACUAUGGUGGGCCGGUAUAACGUCCCUGAUCUUGGGCGAGGUUGCCAACUUCGCUGCAUAUGCCUUUGCACCUGCGAUUCUGGUGACACCGUUAGGAGCCCUCAGUGUGCUCAUUGGAGCCGUUUUGGGCUCCUACUUUUUGGCCGAAGAGCUGGGCGUGUUGGGCAAGUUAGGCUGUGCCAUCUGUCUCCUAGGAUCCGUGAUCAUUGUGUUGCAUGCACCUCCGGACAAGGAAAUCGAAACAGUGGAUCAGAUCUUAGCAUUCGCUAUCAGACCUGGUUUCAUCAUCUACUGUUUGGCCGCCAUUGUAUUUUCGACUGUGAUGAUAUACAAGGUGGCACCUCAAUACGGCAAGAGGAACCCUUUGAUUUACAUUUCUAUCUGCUCGACAGUCGGCUCGAUCUCUGUCAUGUCGGUCAAAGCGUUUGGCAUUGCGCUGAAAUUGACCUUUGCUGGGAGCAAUCAGUUUUCACAUCCUUCGACUUAUGUUUUUAUGAUUGUAACGAUUGUCUGCAUUUUGACGCAGAUGAACUAUUUCAACAAGGCGCUGAGCCAAUUCUCGACGUCGAUUGUAAAUCCUCUGUACUAUGUCACCUUCACUACGGCCACCCUCUGUGCGUCGUUUAUCUUGUUCCAGGGCUUCAACACCACGGAUGCGGUCAACACCAUUUCUCUGUUGUCCGGCUUUCUGGUCAUCUUCUCGGGUGUCUACCUACUCAACUUGUCCAGGGGCGAUCCAGACGGACAUCGAUUAUUGAAUGGCAAGAUUUCGGACGAUGAUGGCAUUCCAACAGACCCGCUUGCUCAACUACAAACGCGAAGAAGCAUGCAGUUGAGGCGAAGCCUGGAUCCACAUCGACGGAGUAGCAGUCUUACUUACACCCCUGGAGGAGUACGGACAACGAGCGCCGAAAGUGCGGGAUUGAUGCACAGUUACGAUGUUGAGCAAAACGCAUUCGGGUUGACUGAUCUAGUAGAGGAUCCGCAAGAGGUACCAGGAGCAAACGGGAAUGCAAGUCGAAGUCCUCCUCUUAGCAACGGCGACUUGACAAAGGUAUAUCACAAGCCACAUCAAAAGACUUUGAGUCGAUAACAGCAAAAAUGAGGGCGGACUAAAGAUAUUUUAUUUUCCUUGUAACGUUAACCAUGCAUCGGAACGGGUCUCAGCGAUGAAAAACAGCAUUUGCAGGUAUGGGAAAUGGACGACGGGCCAGGCGUUGGAUGCAUGAGCUGCGUUGUUUGAGGAUAGCGUAUCAAUUGCCCUUAGAUACACAUGGAAACACUGGUCGCUGUAAUGUGACAACGUUUGCUCAGUCAAACACUGAUUGGGACAGACAACAUCAUUACGUAGAGGUGCCAGGGAGUUGUAUAGGUAUGUAUAUAUGAUGAUGGUGGUGACAAUCACCCUGUGUUGGUUGCGAUAAAAGAUGACCAACAAGGCUUCGAGGCACGUGGUCAAUAUGA